AUGCAACGAUCUGCAACAGCUCGAAACAACAUUUGCAGCCAAAUUCUUCUAAGCAGAAGAAAAAUGCAAACAAAUAUUAAUCUGCGGCCCUACGACGUUUUCAUCAGCCACCGCAGAAUUGACACAAAAAAUAGUGUUGCCGGGCUGCUGUAUAAUUACCUCAGCCGGCAGCUCCACCUCCGGCCGUUCUUGGACAGCAAGAACAUGAAGCCAGGGGACAAAUUGCUUGAAAAAAUUGACAUGGCAAUCGGUCAAUGCAAAAUUGGGAUUGCUGUGUUUUCUCCACGAUACUGUGAUUCUUAUUUUUGUUUGCACGAAUUGGCUCUUAUGAUGGAGGCUAAAAAGAAGGUGAUUCCUGUUUUUUGUGAUGUAAAACCUUCUCAACUUAGGGUUAACGAUGAUGGGAUUUGUCCGGCUAGGGAUUUGGACAGUUUUAGUAUGGCUCUUGAAGAGGCAAAAUACACAGUUGGACUGACAUUUGAUACACUGACAGGGGACUGGUCUGAAUUUCUUGCGAAAGCUUCGGAUGCAGUGACUAAAAACUUGGUUGAAGUAGAGCAAGAGAUACUCAGAAGGAAGCAAAACAUGAAAAUUACAUAUGACAUGAUCUGCAACACGUCUAUUUCAAACUGGUCCACCUUAAAAUCUUUGUGA